CAAAUACUUUUGUCAAUCGAGAAUCUAAAACAACUCCGCGUCUACCGAAAAAAUCCGUUUCGUUCAUCUGUCAGGCUACAGGAAUACGGAAACAACCUAAACCCAGAACACUCUUAUAAAACGCUCCAUCAAAAAAAAAAAAAUAAUAAAUGAGAAAAAUAACAAAAAAACAACAACAAGCCAACUUCAAAACACCGGCCGGGGCAGGACACGAAAAGACCGUGUAGGACCUGUAUGAGGAGAGCAGGGUGAAGGGCGAGGAGACGCGAGACAGCGAGCAUAGUCCAUUGAGGAGGAAGAAGUGCAGCAGUGGAUCAGGACCGCGAGUGGCGGAUGUAUAGCAAAAGCCGUCAUCAUUAGGCCGUCAAACCGAAGUCGGUCCCGCACGGCACCGGCAGCGGGACAUCAGCAGGCCCGCCGCUCACAGGCGCUGGGCGAGGAUCAGCGAGUCCAUCGUGAGCGUGAACGUGAUCGGGAUCGUGAUCGGGAUCGCGAACGUGAGCGGCAAAGGUUUAGUGACCAGGAACAGUAUCGUCAUUCGAUGCACGGACGCGAUCACCGCCAUCACCAACAUCAUCAUCAGACGGAUCAACUGAACAACCUCAACGUCCGCCAGCAUAGUCGCAUUGUGGCCGGCUCCAACAACUUCAAUGCAGCAAGUGGCAAUGGCAAUGUUAAUGGUGUCGCCACUAUGGACACCGGAGCAGUCUGCCGGAUCUCCAGGCAACAGGCCCGCAAUGUGAGCCACAACGUGUCCAACGCCUCCUUUGCGUCCCAGCAGCAACAACACAAUCUCCAGGUGCUGCAGCAACAUCGUCCGCCACCUUCUGGGACGGCUAGUCUCCAGCGGCGCUCGCAUCACCAUCAUUCCACCAGAUCUGAUCGAAAUGCAGCACCACCGGUUACCACCCCAACUGCCGCACCCGUUUCCAAUAACACUGAAGCUACCAGUACUACCACUGCCACUACCUCAGAUGCCACCGAUAUCGAUAACGAGGCUUCAACAUCGUCAGGAACUGGGGCCCCAGGCGGCCAUUAUCCACUCUGGCUGCCCGAGUACAAGCGCAAAGCUUUUAAUGCCUCCAUGGACGAAAAGUACGUGGAAACCAUUUGGGCCAGCCUUAAGAAUGCCAUUCAGGAAAUUCAGAAGAAAAACAACUCGGGAUUGUCGUUCGAACAGCUCUAUCGCAAUGCCUACAACAUGGUGUUGCACAAACACGGCAACAGACUGUAUUAUGGACUUCGGGAAGUGGUCUCCGAGCAUCUGGAACACAAGGUGCGAACGGAGGUACUCGAGAGUCUGCACAGUAAUUUCCUGCCCAAGUUGAAUCAAGCCUGGACCGAUCACCAGACCUCGAUGGUAAUGAUCCGCGACAUACUCAUGUACAUGGACAGAGUUUAUGUGCAGCAGCGAGAGGUGGACAAUGUAUACAAUCUGGGAUUGAUUCUGUUUAGAGAUCAGGUUGUUCGCUUUUCGGAAAUCCAAAAGGCACUGCGAGAGAAACUGCUCGGCAUGGUGAUGGAGGAGCGGCAUGGAGAGGCCAUUAACCAUUUGGCCAUCAAGAAUGCCUGCAGUAUGCUUAUCACCUUGGGCAUCAACUCACGCACAGUUUACGAGGAGGACUUCGAGAAGCCAUUCCUCGCCCAGUCGGCGGCGUUCUACAAAUUCGAGUCGCAGAACUUUCUUGCCGAGAACAACGCUGGCGUUUACAUCAAGAAAGUAGAGGCACGCAUCACGGAGGAGUCCUCGCGAGCGGCCCUCUAUUUGGACAAGGACACAGAACCACGCAUUGUGCGCGUCGUAGAAGAAGAACUGAUCAAGAAGCACAUGCGCCCCAUUGUUGAAAUGGAGAACUCGGGUGUGGUGUACAUGAUUAAGAAUUCAAAGACCGAGGACCUGGCCUGCACAUACAAGCUCUUCUCGAGACUGAAAGAGGAGGGCCUCAAGGUGAUAGCCGAUACCAUGUCGGCGUAUUUGCGCGAACAGGGACGCAUGCUGGUCAAGGAGGAGGAGAACGGAAACACAAACCCCAUUACGUUCGUGCAGAACCUUCUGGAUCUCAAGGAUCGCUUUGACCAGUUCCUGGUGCACUCAUUCAGCAACGAUCGCAUCUUCAAGAACGUCAUCUCAUCCGAUUUUGAACAUUUCCUCAAUCUGAACAACAAAUCUCCAGAGUAUCUGUCUCUAUUCAUAGACGACAAACUGAAAAAGGGCGGCAAGGGAAUGAGCGAGCAGGAGAUUGAAUCCAUUUUGGACAAAACUAUGGUGCUCUUCCGUUUCCUAUUGGAGAAAGAUGUCUUUGAGCGCUAUUAUAAGACGCAUUUAGCCAAGCGAUUGUUGCUAAACAAAUCAGUCUCAGACGAUUUCGAAAAGAACAUGAUAUCCAAACUAAAGACUGAAUGCGGCUGUCAAUUUACCUCGAAGCUAGAGGGCAUGUUUAAGGAUAUGUCUGUCUCCAAUACGAUCAUGGACGAGUUUAAAAACUUUGUAAAUAAUAACAAUUUAUCUCUGGGCGGUGUGGAACUUACGGUACGCAUACUAACAACUGGUUUUUGGCCCACCCAGACGGCAACUCCCAACUGCAACAUACCCGCCGCACCCCGCGAAGCCUUUGAUAUUUUCAAAAACUUCUAUUUAAAUAAGCACUCAGGUCGUCAGCUGACGUUACAGCCUCAAAUGGGCACGGCUUAUAUUAACGCUGUGUUUUAUGGCCGCAAAGCAGCAGACACUGAAAAGGAUAAGGAUGCCCCCAGCUCCAGCUCCACCGGCUGUGCUGUGCCCACCAACACACGCAAGCAUAUUCUGCAAGUGUCCACAUACCAGAUGUGCGUUUUGCUUCUAUUUAACAACCGAGACGUUCUAACCUACGAUGACAUCCACCAGGAGACGGACAUACCGGAAAGAGAGCUAGUCCGAGCUCUGCAAUCUCUGUCCAUGGGCAAGCCAGCGCAGCGACUGCUAGUCCGGAACUCUAAAACGAAAACUAAGGAUAUUGAACCUACGGAUGAGUUCUAUGUGAACGAUGCUUUUGUAUCCAAGUUCCACAGGGUUAAGAUUCAAACUGUGGCAGCCAAGGGUGAGUCGGAGCCAGAGCGCAAGGAGACACGCGGAAAAGUCGACGAGGAUCGUAAGCACGAGAUCGAAGCCGCUAUUGUGCGCAUCAUGAAGGCGCGUAAGCGUAUGGCUCACAACCUUCUGGUUUCGGACGUGACGUCGCAGUUAAAGUCGCGCUUCUUGCCGUCGCCUGUGUUUAUUAAGAAGCGAAUCGAGGGGCUCAUCGAGCGUGAAUAUCUGCAACGAUCGCCCGAGGAUCGAAAGGUGUAUAAUUAUUUGGCUUAAGCGGCGGCAGCGGCAGCGGCAGUGGCAGUAUAAUGAGCACGAUCCGGAUCAUACUCAUCUUUAAAUUGCAAAUUGCAAACUACAGUAAACCAAUGAAGCUGAAAAUCAUCGCUCGAACAGCAGGCGCCUGGGAAAUCGAGCAGCAAUUAUAAUUUUGACCAAGAUUAUAGAUGACUUACAGUCCAACCAACUGAAAGCAUACAGUUACCAAUAAGUGCGCCCCGAAUUGUGAAAUUCCUCUUUCGCAGACUCUCUUUUUUUGUAAGCCUGACAUUCAAAAUUGAACAGUUAAAAAAUGCAAUUGGAUAACGCGAGCCACCUCACGACACAGCCUAUUAUCCUCCUAAUAUAUUUUUCUUAAUAUUCUCUAAUACUGUUGUGUUUCGGUUCAUUUAUGUUGCGCCUAGCAAGUGUAUAGCAGUUCAAAGUUUCUUUUAAAUCAGCAUCCGCGCCGCCAACAAUCAACACAACACCACCCACACACACCACACCACACACAACCACCCUCAGAUACAUUCACCCACAUGAAUCGUACGCCAAGCAACAUACAUAAGAGUAAUAAUGCAUAAUGCAAGCCCUUAUUUUUAAGCAGAUGAGUAAAAAUUAACAUCAAUUUAAGCAAAAAAAAGGAAUAUUAAUAACUAUAAAUAUAGCUAAAAUAAUAAAUUUAUAAAUGAAUUAUUAGUUUUAGUGCGCGUUUUAUACGUCAGCCCUAAAACAAAAAUCAAAAUUCAAAUCCCUGUUUUCAGAAAAUAUACACACAUCUCUUUUUAGAUUCAUGUGAAAAUGAUUAAAUGAUUGCAAUUAAUGAUUCCUAUAUUGAUUUUUAAUUACGCCCCUCUAAACGCACGUGUUUGAAACGAAGUGAUUAUGAUAAACUGUAUGAAAGUUGUUUUAUCUAUUAGUUGAUAUGUGGAAUCGAUUCCAAACAUAAAUGCAACAGUUUUAUAAUGGAUUUGAAUUAAGUAGGACGCAAACAAUUCACUUUGAUUUUAUUAAAUUAUGGAAAAUCAACUUAACGCCCGAACAAAUAAUACUUAAAAAAAAAAUGAUGUAGGGAGAAGGCGCGAUUUAAAAAAAAUUGUAAAUAUAUAUUUUUGUUCUUACAUAUGAGAAAUCGAUAUAAAUAAAACGUAUAUGAGCGUUAACAUUUAAUAAAA